CACAUUUCACGAUCACCUGGAACCAUGUUGGGGUACAUAGUCCUGCUCUCCGUGUUGUCCACGUGUGUGGGUGGGGCAAUAGUCUGCUGUGCUCCUGAUAAGUGGUUCGCCCACAGAUUCACCGCUGGCCUUCUCAUGAGAACAAUGGAUGGGGUGAAUGUUCCCUUCUCCAAUGACGGGUAUUCUGAAGAAUACUUUGAUGCCGUCAGUGAAAGGUCGGUUACUACGGGCAACUACAGCCUUGACGACUUCCAAGAGGAAUCUAAAACCAUAUCCGACCACAAGGCGCAUCUGCGUUAUGAGAUCGACCUCAAGAGGAAAAUAUGCACGAUCGAAACGGAACACCAACCAUUUGACAACUUCUGUGUCACAGAUAAUUUCAAAAAAGAGUAUGAUUUUGUUCUUGGACUCGGAAGUAACACCCUGUCAUCAACAGCUUACAGUGAAGAUGAAGGCCAUGUUGUAACGGUCAUUCAAGUCUCGAAAGAGUGCAUUCCUAUACAAACAUACAGAGUUGGUAAAGAUAAAAACUACUUCCUUGAGACAGUUGGGUUUUCAACCUUCGGUGUAGACUUCGAGGACUCUGUCUUUGAUGUCCCCGAUUACUGCCCGAAGUCUUCAGAGGCCACGGAAAAACAUGAGACUCUCUCUUUUCAAGAGAUUCCUCUGCCGUAGAGAGGACUUGUCCGACUGUAACCCGAACACACACCCAAACCCCACCCACCCUAUCCCCGGGUGCCACCACAGAAGUGAAUGCUCAGCGUUACCUCAUGAAAUGAGAAUUCAAGGAAGACCAAAAAAAGCGUGUCAGCUCACAAUAUCUGCUGUAAUACUUUCUUCCUGAUUGCGUACAGGGAAUCCUUUAAACGUAUGAAUCGCUGUAAAUCUUAGGUUGAAAGAAAUAUCUAUAUCCUUACAAAUAGGCAUCACACAUUGUACCCAUGUAUUGAAUCGAACAUCUUCGGCGUGACGAGCGAACGCUUUAACCACUAGGCCACCAUACAGACCCUACUGGAAGUGACGCAGGACCUGGGUUGUUUGGUCUUGUUAUAAUGGUCGAGGUGCAACGCAGAUCAACAGGUAUUAUUCCGAUCUCGUAUAUUAUCCCUAAUCGGUUACCACAAAUGCAUUAGUGCUUGUGCAGAGAGGGUUGGUGGGGUGGCCUAGCGGUUAAAGCGCCCGCUUGUCACGCCGAAGACCCUGGUUCGAUUCCCAAUAUGGGUACAGUGUGAAGCCAAUUCUUAGUGUCCCUCGCCGUGAUGUUGCUGCAAUGUUGCUAAAAGCGACGUAAAGGCAAACUCAGUCACUCACUCUUGUGCAACUAAACAGUGACCAGGAAGCGUGACACAGUGGUAACAUGGCUGUCUCGAGUGAGUGAGUGAGUUUAAGGUAAUAAAAAAAACACCAUUUAUAAAACAAUGUUCCCAUCAAGGACAGUAACAUUACUGAUUGUCACAGGUUGUAAAACUAGUGCGUGAUAAUAUAUGGGUCAGAUCAAACAGCACAUACGCCUCCUUUCAGUGUGAAAGUUUCGUAUCUAAGACAAACAUCGAUACUGCAUCAAAUUCUAAAAUGUAAACAAUAAAUAAAAAUACAUCCUAAACCAGCAGACUUUCUGUGGUAUAAUUACUCGAAGAAACGCUGAACAUUCGAGACUGUGGAUACGGUCGUAUAAUCAUAUAUCGUAUAUUAUGAUCCUUGUAUACGCCCCUCGCUGUAGUAUGUGAUGCAUGUCAAAGCCGAAAUAAAUAUUUUGUUUUCAGCAUGGA